AUGGCUUCUCUCUGCUGUGAGGUGAGGUCGUCCCGAGCGUCGGGACUAUGGCGGGGCGUCGGGCGGGCGGGCUGCGGGGACGCGAAGAAGCUGCCGUCGUCGGGGCGGCGCUUCACGACCAGGCCGUGGGAGCCGCAGCCAGAGCCUUCUCGGAGGUCGCUGCGCACCGGCCUGGUGUCGCACGCCGGACGUGCGGCUCUCGUUCUUCCACUCAGCAACUUUCGGCCGUUUUCCCCGGACCUGGCGCUGGGCGGAGUGCGGGACGAGUCCGGGGAGGGCCGGCUCUUCUCGCAAAACAGGCCUGACCCGUUGGAGACUGAGAUUCUUCCGUGGACCAGCGUGCGUCCCGCCUUCCUCAGGCGGGCUGUACCAGGCGGUGCUGAGCCAGGCCCUCUCCCACUCUCCCGGGCUGCAGUGCAAACCGCGCAGGAGCGGCUGGCUCUCUGCUGCCCGUCAGUCUUUUGCUUGUACCGCCUGAGCCCCCUCACCUGGGCCAAGCUUGCCAGGCAGACGUCUCAUCUUGGAGAACAGAGAAGGACGACAGCUUCCUUGUUGCCGCAACUGACUGCAGCUUCUGAUGCAGGGAGCCCUGAGAAUUUCUCCUUUGUUAGAUCCAGAAAGUACACGCAGGAGCCAGAAUGCAGGACCGCUCCCAUGCCAUUUCUCUUAGAGAAAUCAAGGUCACAUGUGGACGGAGGGCCUUUGGGGCUGGAGAUGGUCACCAGUUCCCUCCUGGACAUGGGUUUCAGUGAAGCCCAUGUUGGUGAAUUACUCAGCAUCCAACCAGGUCCCAGCCCUCAACAGCUGCUGGACAUCACUUCAGAGCUGAUACUCUUGGGUCUGAACCCAGAGCCCAUAUGUGUGGCCUUGAAGAAAAGUCCUCAGUUGUUGAAACUGCCUGUGAAGCAGAUGAGGAAGCGCUGCGGUUACCUGCGGAAGCUCGGGCUUGGCGAAGGGAAACUGAAGAGGGUGCUUCUUUGUGGCCCUGACAUUUUCACCAUGAGUCAGCAGGACAUCGAUGACAUCGUCAGGGUUCUCCGGGAGAAGUGUCUUUUCACGGUCCAACAGGUGACACAGAUCCUGUGUGGGUGCCCCUACAUCCUCCGGGAGGACCCUGGUGAAUUGGAGUACAAAUUCCAGUACGCCUAUUUUCGUAUGGGGAUCAAGCAUCCGGAUGUGGUGAAGACCCACUUUUUGCAGUACUCCAUCACCAAGAUUAAGCAAAGGCACAUCUACCUGGAGCGCCUGGGACGGUACCAGACCCCUGAUAAGAAAGGCCAGACGCAGAUCCUGAACCCUCUACUCAAGGACAUCUUUAGAAUCUCAGAAGCUGAGUUUUUGGCCAGGACAGCCCGUUCUUCUGCAGAGGAGUUUGAAGUGUUUAAGAAGCUCUUGGCUCGGGAGGAGGAAGAGGGGCCUAAAAGCUUGCAUGGAGACGUGGAGGAUGAAGAUGUUCAGGACGAAGCUGCAGGGGAUGAAGACGGGGAGGAGGAGUUCACUGAUGGUGGCACAGAGGUGUAA